CUCAAACAUCCACUGCCAAAGGUACAUUCUUGUUCGACGCUUUGUUAAAAACCUUAAAAAAAAAAAAAGUUGAACACAAUCCCUGAAAUCCUUAGUAGUCGACGCAUUUCAAGCCUGAAGGAGGAGGGCGUAUUCUAAAAGCGUCCCGUGUUAAAUUGUCAGUGACCAACCAUCAUUCGUGUGGAGCAGGUGUUAUUGCGUCGCAUCUCCUGUGAAAAACUAGUUUCCUGUACCUAAUGACGCGGGACAGACUCGUGCGUGGACACUGUUGUAGGAACGUUGUGUGCCUGCAGGACGCGAAGGCCAGGCAGGAACAGCCUGUUGCAGACUGAGUGAAGUGUGACAGAGAGCCGGCAUGGCAGGCCAGCGCCGCUAAUGGACCAAGGACGGGACGGCGUGUAGAAUGUGUCUGUGCUUGUCUGGUGAACGCUGAUGAAUACUGCACAGCUUUGCCUCAGGGAUUGAAUAGUGUUUUACAUUUCUUAGACCUCAAGAUGGCACUACAGGACUACAAAGAUAUCAUAGCUACAGUAGCCACCAUUGUCACCAUCAUCCAGUUCCUCAGUGGCAUUGAUAUUUGCCGCAAGAUUAUCAAGCAGGGCUCCACUGGUGACAUUUCUGGCUUCCCCUUUGUUGGGGGAGUGUUCUCAACCAGCACCUGGCUCACCUACAGCCUUUUGUUGUGGGAUGCCUCCAUGUCUAUCACCAAUGCUGUGGGACUUACCUUACAGGUAAUCUACCUUUGCACCUAUGUGAGGUACUGCAUUGCCUCAGGGCCUUGGCGGACGGUACGCAGGCAGAUGUUGGUUACAACACUGGUGGUGGCUGCCAUUCAAUACUACGUCUUCCUUUCAGAUGAUGAGAAUGAGACUAUCAAGACACGCAUUGGUCUGAUGUGUUGCCUGGGGAGCAUCAUCUUCUGUGCCUCACCACUUGUCUCUCUGGCUGAAGUGUUCCGCACACAAAGCACCGACAUGCUGCCCUUCCCUCUCAUCUUCGCCACAUUCUUGGUCAGCGGCCUGUGGUGGCUGUACGGCAUCAUCAUCCAGAACAGCUUUGUCAAGUAUCCCAACUUGAUUGGUUUUGGUCUCUCCGGCUUCCAGCUGUUUCUCUUCAUUGUGUACCCCAACAAGAGAAAAGUUUCAGGUGUUACUGGACACCCAGAAAUCAGAUAAAAUAAGUACAUUUUCUCAAGUUAUAAUGAGAUAAGUGAAUGUGGACAACAAAAAAAUUAAGUCUGUUGAAUAAUGGAGAAGAAAAUAUGAGAGGAAGCAUAACAUCAGUGAAAUAGGUAGGUAUGAAUGUAGGCUUGUUCUACUGACUCAGUGUUUUACACAGUCUUUAGUUAGCACUGCAUUCAUCAUAUGAAUUCAUAAAUGAGGAGAUCUGGUUGGUAUGAACCCAUGUGCUGUAGCUUUACUUUGUAGCUUGUGUAUGCCAGAAAGCAAGUUAACAACCAAAUUCUGAAAACCCACAUUUGCUUUUGUUAUAUGAGAACCUAAUGUACAAAAUAUGAAUUUAUCUUUUUGUGUUGAUAUGAAAUCAAAUAACAAUAACAAAUGACAGUAUGGGUCCUCCCAUGAAUGAAGUUUUGUAUUCUCCAUCUUUUUCCAAUGGGUAAUUAUUUAUCUCUUGAAUUUCCUUUUUUUUUUUUUUUUUUCAAUUAUUUCUUAUUAUCUGCUCCUGAAAAGAAAUAACAUUCAGCAGUUAUGCCACCUUUAAACCCUAAAUUCCCACACUCACAACAAAAAUGAGAUCCAAGGGUAUUCUUGAUGAAGUCCAUACAGUAUCUUUAGGAAGAAUAAUACUUGCCAGUGAGCUAUGUUUAAAUGUGAGUUGACACUGGUGUGGUAUAUCGUAGAGUUACCAUAGUAAACCCUAUAUAAAUCAUGUAUUUUGAAUAUUAGGUAAAUUGGAUUCUUUCAGGAAAUUCAGUUCAUGAAUUGAAUUUAUGCAGAAAUCCAGUUUAUAAAUUCUAAAUAAUAGCUUAGAGUUACCUAAUGAUAAGUGGAUUUUAAGAACUGUACUUAAGUACUGCACAGUGUUUAAUAUUAAGAUAUUUCAGCAACCGGUCAGUACUAGCAAUACUCUGUGUGAUAUCAUACAGUACAAUGUGUUUUUGUCAAAAAAAAUUUUAUAAGCGAAUGUGGGUGUGUAGCAGGACCAGAACAUGCACCAAGUCAAAAUUUCAGAUAUCUCAAAUCCUAAGAUAUUUUGAAAUUGAAAUGUUUUUUCCCAGUUGAUCCAUUUUAUAAAAGGUUUACUUUGAGUAUUUAUUACAUUGUCUUAUGGGAACGAUGGUUAGUUUUCAUUUAUAAUUGCCCUUCUCUCCACUCAGACAUUUUAUGAUAAACCCAUUCAAGAAGUUAACCACAAUGCAUUGCCACUUAGUUAAGGUGACACAUUUUGCUCAAUGUCUUCUGACUUUUGAGGGUUUGGAGUAAGUGGUGCUGAGAUUAUAAUGAUAGUGAUCUUUUUAGGGAAAUACUCAUUUAAUCAGGUUAGAGGGAAUGGUCAUCACCAUCAGCCUAUAUGAUUCCACUGCAGGACAAAGGCAUAAGCCAUAUACCAUGCCCUGUUAGCUUAGGGUGUCUUGGCAAGUUGUCAGAAGAGUUGCCAGGUUACAGGCAAAAACUCUUUGGCUCGCAUUCCAUAUGUGUUUUGUGUUGGGGAACAGGUGCUAUAGUUAAAAAGAGACGCUCAAAUUGUCUCCACCCAAUCAGGGAAUCAAACCCAGGGCCUUUUGGUUGUGACCGCAGUGCAUUAACAAUUACACCACCAGUAUCCAAGAGAUGUUUACUAAUCAACAUCUAUUUUAAAAUUGAAGAAUAUCACACAUAGAUGUCAGUUUAUAAGGCAACUGGUUAUGGAACGUGUUCUUAAAUUUUCAAGGGAAAUUUAGUUUAGAGGUAUCCUUUCAAUUUUAGACCACCCAAGUGUAUACUUAGUAGAACCUUUUAGGAUUCUGGAGUUAAAAAACUGGCCUUACACUUGGAUAAACCAACCCUUCAUGUGAAAGUUGCUUAAAAAUUAGUAGCUUGUUUUUUACAAUCCAAUGACACCAAAUUUGUCUGGCAGAUAAUGCUCCCUCAUUAUUGUUUUUAAACUUUUAUGUCACAUAUUAUAUUGCUUUUAAACCCCUAUGUUACAUGUAUGUUGCUUUUAAACCUUUAUGCUACAAAUAUGUUGCUUUUAAACGCUUGUUACAAAUAUGUUGUUUGUAAACCUUUAUAUAUACAUAUAUGAUGCUUUUUAAGUACUUUAUGUUUAUGAAACAUAGUAUGUAAGGGGAUCAGGAGGAUCUGGGAACCUUGCUGCCUUUUUUCUCCAUUAAAACUUAAUAUCAUUGAGCACAAAAUUUGCAGUGCAUAAUAGAUUCAAGAAUCUCCUUGUGAUGAGUGAAUGAGUGAUGGUAGACAGUACACAUACACUUGUGGUAUUUUGCAGUGCAAUGUAUUGGAAUGGUAUAAACCAUUUGAGGUUGUUUCUUAAAUUCUGAUACAUUUAAAUAUCUUUAGAGAGAAUAUAUACUUGUUUGUAUUUGAAGGUUGAUAAAAUUAUAAAAAUCUUGUAUAAAAACAGUGCUGAUGGUAUCCUAAUAAAAGUUACAAUCAACAAGCUCUCAAGUGGGCCACUUACAAAAUAAAAAUAAAUAAAUAAUAAAAAUAAUAAACUAUCAUGGGCUUGCAGAAGGAGCAAGCAAUAAUUUUGUAUAGUCAGUAUACCAAGUGGAAUUUCAUUGCCAUCAUCAAACCUGUGUCAGAGCCAUUUAUGUGACCACACUUAUGAAACAAUAAUGAGUAAUAAAAAGAGUAAUAAUAUAAUCAUGUGAAAAUAUAAUAAUAAUUAACAAAAAAACAAACCAUGCACUUUUGAAAACCACUUAAAGCUGCCAGUCUUCCAUGCCAUCUAAGAGACAAGAUAUCCUCUUUAUCAUGUGUUGGUGUUUAAGAGGGUUUGGGCAUUGUGGAGAGAAUGGAAGAAAGUAAACUAGCAAAGAGAAUAAUACAAUUAGGUUUCAGUGAAAGGUUAAGAGGAAAGCCACACCUUGAGUGGAUUAGUUGUGUGAAUAGAGCACUGAAUGAGAGAGGAAUGAAUGUGCAGCAACCAGGAGCAAAUAUGUAUAAUAUAGGUAAAUGGAGAGUGACAUUGGUGAGUGCAUGAAAAUGACGUAGUCUCAUCGACACCUGGGAGGGUGGGUGUUGUUGCACUCAGUGGGGCCCAUUGGUGUAUAGACACAGUCAGAGUUUGGGGCAUUCCAUAGGAUCUGGAUCUGCUUUGGUCUCAGGACUGGAAUAUGUGCAGGAUAGGGUAUGAUCUCAUUAUGAAACAACAGUGUACAGUAUGCUGUCAGGUCUUCCUGUGGAUGUGUGUGGCCAGCUGUGCUGUGCCUGGGUUCCUGGGGUGUGGUAUGGUGGACCACAAGACUAUCCUUUUCCACCUGGGGCCAUUGGGGCUGAGAGUGUGAAUGAUGUGUGUGAUUGUGUGGUGCCUUGUCUGGGCCACCCAAUGUGGGAUUGCUGACCUCAUAUAUAGAUAGAUAGAUGGAAUUAUUUUUGCUAUUUUACUACAUUGUUGAAAAUGAUAUACAUUCAGGUUCAUGACUGCAAAAUUAAUUAAUAAUAAUUAGAUGUUCAUAGUACAACUUAUUUGCUAUUCAAAACAAGGAUUAUAUGGGAAAAAAAUAUACAUGUGUAACUGCUCAGUUGUAUGAUGGUGGCACUGUUGUUGUACUUCUCAGUUAUCUCUAUGGUGAUUGUAAUUGACUGUGUUCAUCUCAGUCCUCUUCUCAUGAUCCAUGAGUAGGUUAGGGGAUGGUGAGGUAUUAAAAAAACGUUAUUAAAACACAAACUUUUGAGGAAUGUGGAACAGAGCUUAGUAAUGUCACACCAGCUGUGUGUUGCGGUAGUAAGCUCACUUAAUGGCGCUGAUGUGCAUAGGUGCCUCAGAUAUUCGCAGGGUCUGGAGGGGUAUGUGUGGGCCAAGAUGGAGGAGGUUCAUUAUUGAGAAUUUAGUGUAUUAAUUGGCUGACAGUUUUUUCAUUAUUCGAUGUUGUACAUAACCCAAACCAUAUGGCCAUCAUAUGUAUUUUUGUGUGACAAAAAUACAGACCAUAGUACUCAGCAAUGUAGUGAUCAGGUUCUUGUUAACUUUGCUUGAUCACAAGGAGACAUGUAUUUAGGUUUCACUGGCUAUUGCUAGAUAUUCAUAGCUCUCAACACAUCGGCUGCAACACUGAGACCAUUGGCAGCAACAAUGAAAUUGUUGGCAAACACUGUGAACCAGUGAGGGGCCUAUUACAAAUAUGGUCUCUCUGGCCUCUCUCACACAAACAAUUUUUGCCACUGAAGCACAUGCUGCACAGUCUAGCAAUACAUUGACUCUUAUGGGAGUAUUCAUACUGGUUUGGGACAGCAGUUUUGCCAUUCCGGCAGCCACACCUUGCUAUCCUGUCAGCAAGACGACAAUGACAGAAAUGCCAGCAAACAGUUUGGAUGGUAAUGCAUAGCCAUGGGCACUUACACACCUUCAGUGUUUUCUGGGUGCAGUGUUUGGUCAGUUGUCUGUCAACUCUGGGAGGAAGAGCACACCACCACCUUGUCUACUUCACUGAAAAGCAACAAAAGCUAUUUGUGUGAACGAGGCCAAGCCUGUGUUGUGCAGCUGUUGCUAUGGUGUGCUGCAGUGACAAAAAAAAUUUGUGUGAAAGGGGCCUUACUGUCCCUCCCUACUCCCCUCCACCUGCAUCAUUCAUGUUUUCUUGGUGAAUGGACAUGGUCAGUCUUCAGGUUACUACACUUAACUGAAUAGAAAUUUUAAAUUCAACAAAAUCUAAUUAGCUAUUCAGUUGAGGAGUAAGUACAAUGAUCUCAGAAGAUGGAACAUUUUGCUGUUGAAAGAGGCAGCUGAGGCCAGUAGUCUUGUGCUCUGAUGCUCUCAGGGGAAAACUGGAUAUUAUGUGUUCUUAAUGUUGUGCUUCCAUACCUUGUUUAAUAGAGUCAUGCUUGAAUAUAUAUAUAUAUAUAUAUAUAUAUAUAUAUAUAUAUAUAUAUAUAUAUAUAUAUAUAUAUAUAUAUAUAUAUAUAUAUAUAUAUAUAUAUAUAUAUAUAUAUAUAUAUAUAUAUAUAUAUAUAUAUAUAUAUAUAUAUAUAUAUAUAUAUAUAUAUAUAUAUACACACACACACACACACACACACACACACACAAUAGGGUAUGCGAGCAACAACAAACUUGAUUCAUUCCAAUGUAGCAUUCAUUAUGGCAAAUGUGCAUUAUAGAAACUGAAAAACCUAUGGGAAAAAAUCAAUUGGUUCCAGGGAACCAGAAAACAAUAUAAGAAAUUCCAUAAUUAAAAAAAGAUACAUAAAAGAUAAGCACAUUAAUUUUGUACUACUGCAUUUGAAAUAACAUAAAUAUAUACAGUACCCUCCUGAAUUUAACACCUUGUCCUAAAUUCUUACCAUCCUGAGCUUCACACUGCUUUGACAAGUAUAGGUCACAUUUACUCAUGUGUAGGUAGGCUAUACAGACAGUAAACCCCCAUAAGUCAUAGCCAUUUCUCUCUCUCUCUCUCUCUCUCUCUCUCUCUCUCUCUCUCUCUCUCUCUCUCUCUCUCUCUCUCUCUCUCUCUCUCUCUCUCUCUCUCUCUCUCUCUCUCUCUCUCUCUCUCUCUCUCUCUCUCUCUCUCUCUUUAAGUAAGAACAAGCCUAAGGAUUGUUAAAUAGAAGAGUGAUUGUGAAGGAAAGUGGAAUUAUGUUUACGAGAGUGAGAAAGGAUGAAGAAAAAUGACAAAAUGAAUGAGAGAGAGAGAGAGAGAGAAAGAGAGAGAGAGGUAUCACUCCCUUGUCCCUUAUCUCUGACAGAUAACAGGGAGGGGAGGUGAGGAAGAGAGAUUUGAAACGAGAUGAAAGAAGGGAGAGGAAAGGAAAAAAAAAAAGGGAUGAAGGGACAGGCACCGGGUAGGUGAGCAGCAGCUCACUUAGCUGGUUAGUUAGUUUUGCGAGUUUUAGUUUAUUCCAAUUAAAUUCUUAUUAAAAUUUUAAUGCUUGCACAAAUGGCAAGUUUGUCUUGCUGGUUUCAGUUUGUUAUUUCAAUUGAAUAAUUAUUAGAAUUCCAGUGCUCGCACGAGUGGUGAGUUUGUUAUGCUAGUUUUGAUUCAUUAUUCUGAUUAAAUAUUUAUUAAAAUUUCAGUGCAUUAUUGCAGUUGUACAUUAAAAUGACCAUGCGUUGUCGCAUACCCUACUGUAUAUCUAUCUAUCCAUCUAUCUUUUUUUUGGGGAGGGGGGGCAAGUGCCCAUCUUACAUUAUAUAUAUAUAUAUAUAUAUAUAUAUAUAUAUAUAUAUAUAUAUAUAUAUAUAUAUAUAUAUAUAUAUAUAUAUAUAUAUAUAUAUAUAUAUAUAUAUAUAUAUAUUAUUUCUCUUAAGGGCAUAAUUCAUGGUUGUGUAAUCCCAAUUUUUUUUUAUUGUCUGUUUUUAACUCAUUGCUGGUGCUGGGCUGGGAAUUCUCUUUCAAUCUUAUCAUUUUUUCUUUCCUAUCCUCAAAGUUGUGAUAAAGAGUCACAGGUGUAGCUUUGAUUAGUUUCCAACAGGUGACUGGAUUUCUGUGGAUUUGAAUAGCACCUUAGCUGAAGUGGGGAUAAAUCCAGUUUCAGAGAGUGCUCUGAGCUGCCCAGGUGGUAGGACUGUCAGGGGGUUUUUAGGGGCAUUGUACACACCCAUAAUUUUCCCACUUCAUAAAAAUACUUAGAUUGUGUGGGGUCCCUUGAUGCCUGUUAGGAGCGGUAGAAAGGUUUUUCACUACCUACUCAUGUGGGUAGCAAUGGUGUGAGGUGACACCUGGUGCAAAAACUUCUGCCUUUGGUUUUAUGGAUAUUGAGAUAUCUCAGUCCAGUCUGGCAUUGAGCACUUGCUCUUAGGUACUAACAUGACCAUAGCAUUAAUCAUGGUUAUCUGGGCUUGCUGUAGUCACAUUUAUCCUAAAAUAUUUCCCAGCUGUUCAGCUGUUCCUUUAGGAAAUUCUUUGGAACUGGCAUAAAAAUAUAGAUAGUCACUAUUGUUCAAACAUCAUACUGUGAUCAACAAAUUGUAAUUAAUUUCUCUCUCUAAAUAACGUUCUUUUCUGGCCUAACACAUUGUAAAUAUAAUUAAAGAUUAAGUUAAAGACUAAAUUAAAGAUCUGUGUAGUACAACCAUGUCCAAUAUACUCAUAACUUUUUAUGCUGUCUUCCAAUGCAAGAAACAUCACCAAGGUGCUAUGGAAGGUUUAUGUAUGGCUGUAUAGUAUUGUGCCUUCACUGUAUUGUUAUUAAUCUUAUCUUAUAAUUUAGCAGUAAUCUUAUCUUUUAGUUUAGGGGCCACAUACUCCCCUUUACUUAUAGAUAGAGAGGAGUUGUCUUGGGAUUAGUUUAGUGUCUUUUUGAGUUUUGCAGAUGUCUGUUUAUUACCAUUGAGUGAUUGAAAAAUUACCAAAUGGAAAGUAGUAGAAACAACCUUAAAAAAUAGCACAGAACUACUACAGUAUGAAUAUACUGUUUACUUGUGUCUCCACAAGCUGAGCUUUUGUUGAGAUGUGGUUAUUGUGAUGGACAUGGGCUCUAUUUCAUGUAGAAACAACAAGUGUGGAAAAACUUUUCCUUUUUGCUUUGUUUAUGUUUAGUCAAAGUCUUCUUGUUUUGCUUUCAGAGAGUUUUUUCUCUGCAUGUAUACUAAAAUAUAUGUAUUUCCUUGAUACAAUAAAUUUGUGGUUUAAGCCAUGA